AUGGCCAAACCCCUCAACCACGCCAAGAUUGCGCUGCGCAAGUCCAGCGAACGCGGAUACGCCGAACACGGCGGCUGGCUCAAGACCUUCCACACCUUCAGCUUCGCCGGCUACUACGACCAUCGCUUUGUGAACUUCGGCUGCCUACGAGUGCUGAACGAGGACCGGGUGGCUCCGCGGAACGGAUUCCCGACGCAUCCGCACCGUGAUGCGGAGAUCUUCAGCUACAUUCUCAGCGGCGAGCUUACGCACCGGGAUAGCAUGCUCAGGAAGGGUGCGGAGGGCGCGCAAGGGAAGGACUUUUUCCGGAUGAGACGGGGUGAUGUGCAGUUUACCACGGGUGGCAGUGGAAUCGCGCACUCAGAACAAAACGAAUCCAACAAACCGGUGCAUUUCCUCCAGAUCUGGUGUCUGCCGUGGAAACACAGUCUGAAGCCGCAGUAUCAUACCAUGAGCUUUGACGAGGAAGCAAAGCGCAAGGCGUUUGUGCCCAUUAUAUCGCCUCUGGCAGCGGGUCCGGACGCCACUCUGGCCGCAGAAGAGGCCGCCGUUCCCAAGAUCCCGGGGACGAUCCCCAUCCAUGCGGAUUUCGUCAUGGGCGCAGGUAUCAUCGAGAAGUCGAAGGUGUUCCAGUGGAAGGUUGGCGCGGGUGAUGCUGUUAGCAGUACGAAGAAGCGGAACGUGUAUAUCCACCUACCCUCAACACAGCAGAACAAGGCUAAGAUUCGGUUGGAUGGCCGGGACGAUGCCGUGCUGUCGGAAGGAGAUGGGGCUUUCGUGUCGGGCGUGAAUGCGGGGGAUUUGCUUUCCGUGGAGAGCAUUGGGGACGCGCCGGCGGAGGUGGUAGUGUUGGACAGUAACUAG